AUGUCCCUCGGCAUCCUCAUGUCUAUUGCAAGUGCCUUCCAUAGACAUGAUGACGUCAGCAGGAUUUACACCGUCGGAGCCUGGGUGAAAAAAGGCUGCGGGGACUGGUCAGGUUAUCGUUGUAAUAUAUUUGUUUCUUCACAGAUUCAGUUUUGGUACCAGUUGUCAGAACACGCAAAAAUAUCCGUCUUGAAGAGGACAUUUAUGAGUCAGGAUUUGCAGUUGUUGCAGGAAUUCAGCGGCGGUACAGAGAGUGAAUGGACAAAGGCCACAAUAUAUAUGAAGACUAACUUGUUGGACUCAGUAGACCCAUCUCAGAUCAUAUUGGAAGCCACGCUGUUAUCAGCUGAGGCUACAGCUGCCAUUGAUGACAUCAGCUUAUCUCCAGACUGCAGCAUUAUCAAUAACACAUACUCAGGUUCUGUAAAAGAAUCUUUAUUUUUUAACUGUCCUCUUGGGUAUCUGACAUGUGGAGAUGGUACUUGCAUACCACUUAGAAAACGCUGUGAUUUUACAAAGGACUGUCUAAAUGGAUUUGAUGAGAUAUCGUGCGCUGCUAAAUGUGAUUUUGAAACUGGUAGAUGUGGAUGGUACGAAAGGCGGAUUAUCGAUCUAUUUAACUGGGUCAGACAGUCACCAAGCCUACUGCAUCCUGAAUAUUCCUCCCAGGCCCCUCCUGUGGAUCACUCUACAGGUUCCUCUGCAGGUUACUUCAUGUUUAUUCAGAAAAGGAACAGCAACUUUUCACAUAUUGCGGAAUUACGGAGCCCGAAGUUCAGCCAGGCAGGAGCGGGCUGUUCUCUGACCUUCUGGUAUUACAACUAUGGACCGGCUGUGGGAGCAGCAGAGAUUCGUCUCCAUAUCGAAAAUGAAAAUUACCCCACCAUGUUGUGGAGAAUAUACUACAGCCAGGGAAAUCAAUGGUGGAAGGGGUUUAUCCAACUUGAUCGCCUGUCUCAGCCUUUCCAGCUUUCAAUGAGAAAGAUCAGCAUGGGGCUGUACGAAGGUGUAUCUGCUAUUGAUGACAUUGUUUUUGAGAACUGUUCUCUGCCGCCUCCUGCGUCAAGCUGCAAUGGAUCUGACCAAUUCUGGUGUACAGAUACCAGGGCUUGUAUCAGCAGUCUACUGGUGUGUGACCUGAUUGAUGAUUGCGGAGAUAGGUCUGAUGAGAGUAACUGCACCUCUGAGUUACAAUGUGACUUUGAAGAUGGACUAUGUAACUGGGCACAAGACACGGAAGACAACUUUGACUGGACUAGACAGCAAGGCCAGACUCCGACUCAAGACACUGGACCUAUGAAGGACCAUACUUUGGGCACAGCUCGAGGACAUUAUCUCUACAUUGAGACUUCAGAGCCUCAAAUGUACAGGAACCAAGCUGUUCUACUGAGCCCUGAAAUAGAUGCCACCAUCAACAACGAUAAUAAAACCUGCAUUUUUCGCUUUCAUUACCACAUGUUCGGAAAGCAGAUCUAUUCCUUGGCAAUCUACAAGCGAACCCUGAGGAACUCCAGAGGCCUGUUAUUGUGGCAGGCAUUUGGGAAUAAGGGCAACCGAUGGUUAAAGAAGGUCCUGCAUAUCAAUAGUUCUUAUCCAUUCCAGCUAUUGAUCACAGGCAUGGUGGGUGAUGGGUUCACUGGGGACAUUGCCAUUGAUGACCUCUCUUUCUUAAACUGUACAUUGUACAAAGGCAUUUUGCCAACAUGGGCCCCAGUUCCUCUGGCAACCUCUACUGUGGCAACACUUCCUGCAAACAACUGCACAACCAAUGAGCAUGUCUGUAGGUCAUGCGGGCACUGCAUACCCAAGUCAAAGCUGUGUGACUUCAGAGAGGAUUGUCUAGAUGGUUCUGAUGAAGCAAGCUGUGUUUCAGAAUACUGCAGCUUUGAAAAUGGCAAUAUGUGUAGGUGGUUCCAGCCUGGCUUAUUUCGUCGAGAUGCAGCCUUCCACUGGGAAGUGGGUCAAGGAGUCACUAUACAUCCAGGAGAAGAGACCCAUCGGCCUCUUAAAGAUCAUACUAUGUCCUCAGAUGAAGGCUGGUACCUGUAUGCAGACAGUUCCAAUGGUGAAUUUGGGCACACAGCUUACGUCAUGACUCCUCUUAUUUCUCACACUGGACCCAAAUGCAAGCUAACAUUCUGGACCUAUAUGAAUGGUGCUACUGUGGGAUUAUUACAGGUACUUAUUCACCUUGGUAACAUGACUUAUGAACUGUGGUCCCAAAGUGGUAAACAAGGAGCAAGUUGGAAGAGAGCUGAAGUUUACCUGGGAACGUUGUCUAACUUUCAGAUUGUUCUACAAGCCAAACGUGGGGUCAGCUAUAUUGGAGAUGUGACUGUGGAUGACGUAUCCUUUGAGAACUGUUCACCAAUACUGAUCCAAGAUAAACAGUGCACAUCACAGGAGUUCAUGUGUGCCAAUAAAUACUGCAUUCCCAAGAACAACAUGUGUGACUUUGUCAAUGACUGUUCUGACAAUUCUGACGAGAACCCGUACAUAUGUCGUGCUUAUCUUGGACGCUGCAACUUUGAAUUCGACCUUUGUGACUGGAAACAAGACCAGGAUGAUAAUUUUGAUUGGAGCUUACGAUCUGGCAGCACCCCAACGCACGGCACCGGUCCGGUCACUGAUCACACUCUGCAGAAUCCAUCUGGGAGUUACAUUUUCAUUGAAUGUUCAUUUCCUCUCUUACCGGGCCAAGCAGCUAAACUUUCUGGGCCAUUGGUGAGCAAGUGGAGCAGAAACUGCAAGCUGAAUUUUUACUUUCACAUGUUUGGAGAGGGAAUCGGCUCGCUGACCGUGCAUCAGGUGACAGUGAGCAGACAGGCAGUGCUGCUUUUAAACCUGACCGGAGGCCAGGGGAAUUUCUGGCAGAGGAAGGAAUUGGAACUCCAUGAACUUGGAGAGGAUUUUUAUGUCACACUUGAAGGGAAAGUGGGCAAGGAUCAAAGAGGGGACAUCGCCCUGGAUGACAUACUUCUAUCUAAUGAUUGCAUUCCGUCCUCCACUUCUGUCUCUGAAUCUCACAUCACCUGGCCAAUGAAAGGCUUUUGCCCACCUGGGUUCCAGAAGUGUCAGAAUAAGAGAUGUUACAGGCCAGAAGAGCGGUGUGACUUUGUGGAUAACUGUGGGGAUAACACCGAUGAGAAGGACUGUGGCACUUCCUGUACAUUUGAAGAUGGCCUCUGUGGUUGGCAGAACUCCUUGGCAGACAACUUUGAUUGGAUCUUAGGAGGAAACUCUUCACAAGCUCUAAAACCUCAGAUUGUGGAUCACACUACAGGAAACGAGAAAGGUCACUUCCUUUCACUGGAAACUUCCUUGGUUGGGUUGAGCGGUGAAAAGGCUCAUAUAAAAAGCACCAUAUGGAAGGAGUCAGGAGAAGAUUGCACACUCAGCUUCUGGUACUACAUGUCAUCAAAAGCUACUGGCCAAAUCCGAGUCCUUAUCAAAACAGAGACUGGCCUGAAAAGAUUAUGGGGACAGUCGGAGAAUCAAAACGCCAAGUGGAAUGAAGUGAAGAUUCACCUGGGAAAGCUGAGGCAUUUUGAAGUUAUUUUUGAAGGCGUACGCACAAGAAAUUUCGGUGGAGGAGCAGCCAUUGAUGACAUUGAGUUCACCAACUGUUCACCGGUUGGAGAAGUGCCCGGAAUAUGCCCAGAAGACUCAGAUUUCAUAUGCAAAAACAAGAAAUGCAUUGAAUACCACUUGGUGUGUGACUACAAGGCGGACUGCAAAGAUUCAUCUGAUGAAGUUGACUGCAGUCCCUACAGUGAAUUACCCGGCAGCUGCAGUUUCCCACAUCUGAGUUCCGUAGGUGAUUUGGGAUGCAACCUUACACAAGACAAGACUGAUGAGUUUGAUUGGACCGUGGCAGAAAGAGGUAUUCUGCUAAAUACAGAUCACACACCCGGAAGUGGAAGGUUGUUCCUUUAUGCCAACACAUCUAAUCAGCAAGCUGGAGACACAGCAAGAAUUUUAACUAGCAACUUUUUCCCGCCUGCUCGUGACAAGUGCAGAGUGCGCUUUUGGUAUUAUAUAUAUGGACCUCCACAGUCUGGAAAUCUAAGGCUGUUCAUGGUCACCAAAUACGGACUGAAUAUCCUUUUGUGGACAGCUGCGGAGAGCAUGGAAAGAAGCUGGAUGUAUGGCAAUGUUAUCUUGUCCAGCAGCAGCCCAUUUCAGGUGGCGUUUGAAGCGCAGUUAGGCGCAGAUGCAAGCGUUGAUACUGCGUUGGACGAUAUAUCAUUUACAUUAGAAUGUUAUAUGGAAGAUCCAGGAAUACCAAAGCCUACCUGCCCUGAAGACUUGUUCACAUGUAUCUAUAUAAAGCAGUGUGUGCCCCUGUCUGCCAAGUGUAACGGUGUGGAGGAUUGUAAGGAUGGAACGGAUGAAAUCUUCUGCCCUACAGUGAUCCCCAGCACAGCCCACACACCGCAAUGCAAGAGUACAGAACUCCUAUGUUCUAGUAAACAAUGUAUCCCAGCUCUACUGUGGUGCGAUGGAGUAAUUGAUUGUUUGAGGGGGGAAGAUGAAUAUAAUUGUACUACUACAGUUUCUUCCAAUGGUUCUUUUCUAUGUGUUCCCUCCAAUACAUGGCUGACUGUCGAGCAGAGGUGUGAUGGGACACCAGAUUGUAGCAACUACAUAGAUGAGUCUGUCUGUUCAGAAUGCCCUUAUAGAUAUUGCAGAAAUGGAGGAAAAUGUGUUAUUGAAAAUGAGGUUCCUUUAUGCAGGUAA